GCAGGCCGGGAUGUGCUGGGCUGUCACAAAGCGCCCAUAAAUAGGACACUCCUUGCAAAGGCUGACUGUCCCGCAGACUGCGCCCGCCUGCUCUGUUCUUCCCGAGGCUCCAGCAACAGCCAAACGUGUUGCUGAGAUGGCAGAGCAGCACGGGGCUCCAGAUCGGGCUGCAGCCGGCAAGAGCCAUGGAGGCCUUGGGGGCAGCUAUAAGGUGAUCGUGUACGAAAUGGAGAACUUCCAGGGCAAGCGGUGCGAGCUCUCUGCCGACUGCCCCAACCUGACGGAGAGCCUGCUGGAGAAGGUGGGCUCCAUCCAGGUGGAGUCCGGGCCGUGGCUGGCAUUCGAUUGCAGGGCCUUCCGUGGGGAGCAGUUUGUCCUGGAGAAAGGGGAUUACCCUCGCUGGGAUGCCUGGUCCAACAGCCACCACAGUGACAGCCUCUUGUCCCUCCGGCCUCUGCACAUUGAUGGUCCCGAUCAUAAGCUGCAUCUGUUUGAGAACCCAGCUUUCAGUGGCCGCAAGAUGGAGAUAGUGGACGAUGACGUGCCCAGCCUCUGGGCUCAUGGCUUCCAGGACCGUGUGGCAAGCAUCCAGGCCAUCAACGGGACGUGGGUUGGCUACGAGUUCCCUGGCUACCGUGGGCGCCAGUACGUAUUUGAGCGGGGCGAGUAUCGCCACUGGAAUGAAUGGGACGCCAACCAGCCGAAGCUGCAGUCCGUGCGCCGGAUCCGCGACCAGAAGUGGCACAAGCGGGGCUGCUUCCUCAGCAGCUGAAGGGCCCCCAGGCACCGGUGGCCCAGGCUGCCCUGGGAGACAGCGAGGGCAGGAGGAGGGGGUCCAGGCCCCGGGUGGGAGCCUGCCUGUGCCCCCUUCCCCAGACUCUGCUCAAUAAAGCCUGGGGCCAGUCCCCCACCUGC